AAUCGCGGAUGCACAAACAUGUCUUGAAAGUAACAGAUUGAUUAGUUUCAUAAUAACCUUUAUUUAUUGUACUCUUGCAAGGUGACAGUAACCUUGACACACGUAAAUGGCCGCAGUUAGCAAUAUUAGUAAAGGAAUUAAGAAGUAUGAAUAUCUUGACCACACUGCUGAUGUACAACUCCAUGCAUGGGGUGAUGAUUUAAAGGAAGCUUUUGAGCAGGCUGUAGUAGCAAUGUUUGGUUACAUGACAGAAAUUGAAAAAGUGGACAUUGAAGAAGAGAAAACAAUUGAAGCCGAGGGUGAUGAUAUGAUAUCACUUUUAUUUCACUUCUUGGAUGAGUCUUUGUUUUUGAUGUGUGAUGAUCCAUAUUUCAUUGUUAAGGAAGUUGAAAUUACUGAAUUUGACAAGGAAAAUUUUAAAAUAAAAGCUGUUGAGAGAGGGGAAGACUUUGACCUUAAAAAGCAUCCCCAGGGCACAGAGGURAAAGCAAUAACAUAUUCAAAUAUGCAAAUAUAUGAUAAUGAAGAGAAGCAUGAAGUGUUUGUAAUUAUUGAUAUUUAGCACCAAAAUAUACUCACAUGCAAACAUGCACUGAAACUUUAAUUUAACAAUACAAUGCAGAUAUUUUGACAAUAAAAAGUUCUUCCAUUGKCUUAAGGCCUUUGUAGAUAAAAAUCCUUUGACUGAAGGCAAAUACAAACACAUU